AUAUCAUAAUAAAAUUUACAAAACAACAAUCUUCUUCUUCAGUUUGCCGUGCAAAAUUUGUUUUGCUUGAAAGCUGGCCGCCCCCAUAUUUGUUACAGCGAUUUCACACUUGCCUCUCUUUCUCUCUCUCUCUCUGUCUCGUAGUUGUCGGAAUCCUUAUAGUUUCGGCCGUGGUGAUUGUCGGAAUCCUAAUAUGCUAAGGAAUAUAUUUAUGUUACCCGGUCCGAGAAUCGAAGACGUGUUUGCCUUUGUGUUGGACAAGCCUCCAAAUGGAUCCACGUUUUUCAAGGAUUGCCUCGUAGAAUUGAGAGAUCAGAACACAUCAGCAGAUUUUAUUUCUUUUUUUGAAGAUCUGUUGCCGUAUAUUCAAACUCGGCAGUCAAUUGUUCUGUAUUCAGAAUUCAUCUUCUCAAAACUUGUCUCUGAAUUACAAAUGGAAGCAAGAUUCUCUCUUGAUCCCAUCCUCAGGUUGAUUGCUGCUUUAUCAAGAGAUCUCAAGGACGACUUUGCUCCCUUCCUUCCACGGGUUGUCAACUCGUUAGUAGUUCUCCUGAAUAAUGGUGGUCAGAAAGAUGCAGAGACUAUUGAGCAGAUAUUCACAUCCUGGUCUGAAAUAAUAGAAAACCUAAGGUUUUGUUUCUCACGCGACAUCCAAGGUGCUCUCAGUGACAUUAUCAAUGAAAAAAUAUCAAGAUCGAUGUCAUGUGCGUUGGAUCUAGCUCGGCCCAGUCAGCUUGAAAAAGGGAUCAAGAUGAUGCUUUUUGAAGUUGCAGAGCAACCGGAAAGAGCUGCUAGAGCUGGUUUCCUCCAUUAUGAUAUGAUUGUGAGGCUGCAGAAAUCUUAAAAGUGAAGCGGGCAAAACAACAUAUUUUAUGUGUCUGGUUUCUAUGUGUGUUGAUUUAAAGUCAGUUCUAUAAGUUUUUUUUUAUUAUCUUCAAGAUUUAAAAUUUUAUAUUAUUUUAAGAACUUAGUCAUGAU